UACACAAGAACAAUGGCCAUAAUGAAUUGUGUUCCAAGGCAUUCAUCUACUUUCUGUGGGUGUUGCGGGGGACCCUGACCAUGCUCCGGCAUUGCAGGGCGUUGCAGUUAUUACUCUUCUCCUUGGUUCUGGCCGAGCUACGAAAGGGGAUGAUCACUGUUGCUGGUCGAAAGCCACUCGAGUCCGACAUUUCUGCAGUGGACAAGUCGCGUCCAAUGGAGGUCUUAGAGUUCAGUUUGCUCAAAAUGUUCGGAUUUAAGUCAAAACCGAAACCAAAAACGAAUAUUAGAGUUCCAAGUUUCAUGAUAGAUCUUUACAGAAAACAAGCAGCAGAAACAUAUGAAGACAUUUAUCAAAAAGGAAAACUGAAGAAAUCCGAAAGACCCAAUCUGUACAGGACGGUUCGUAGUUAUUUCCAUCAAGAAACCGGAAGCGAGCAUCUGUAUGAUCGGAACUCUAUCAAGUUGAAGUUCAACAUUAUAUCAAUACCAGUUACAGAGAAAGUGAAAGAAGCAGAACUUCACGUGUUUAAACGUACUCUUGAUGCGAAAACACAACAACAAUGUAAGAACCGCCACAAGCAGAGGGUUCGAGUGUUUGACAUUGUUCGCCCCGCUACCACUCGUAAAGAAGCCAUUUUGAGGUUGAUUGACACAAGGACUUUGGAUGUGCGACAUUUUGGGUGGGAAACAUUCGACGUGCAUCCUGCCGUAGAGAGGUGGUGGGGAGACUCUACUAAAAACUACGGGUUAUAUAUGGAAGUGACAGCUUUGAAUGGUAGUGACAGUAGUUAUGAACACGUGCGUUUAAAGCGCUCACUGUACGAAAACGUGGAUAGUGAACUGUGGAUGAAAGAACAACCAUUUCUCGUCACCUACUCGGAGGAUGAGGAAGCCCCACGAGCCGCACGCGUUCGACGUGGCAGCCGUAAACACCGAAGGAAAGGCCACAAAAUUAACUGCCACCGAAAGCCUAUGUAUGUAGACUUCGCUGAUGUAGGAUGGGACUCAUGGAUUCAGGCGCCUGUCGGGUACGACGCUUACUAUUGUGAGGGGGGAUGCCCCUAUCCUUUGGCAGACCACUUGAAUACAACGAAUCACGCAAUUAUCCAGAACCUCGUGAAUUCUGUUAACAAAGAAAUGGUACCACCAGCAUGCUGUGUGCCCACGGAGCUGUCAUCCAUCUCUCUCCUGUAUAAGAAUGAAUACGAUCAGGUUGUACUGAAAAACUACCAGGAAAUGGUAGUGCAGGGUUGCGGGUGUCGUUGACUUUGGCACAUUACAAUAGCUUAGGAUAUUACAUUCGUUUUUGCAAUACAAGCCUGUGCCUUAGUCGAUCGCCAUUAUACGCAAAUGAGACUGUCUGUUCUCGUAGGUUGCGUCUUAAACAACCUCUUCUGACGCUUUUUCGCGUCUGAGAUCGUCUUUACUGCGUAAUUUACUUGUCGCAAGUGUUCAUGUUGUGCCAUAUUCGCAGGAGGGGGUACCAUUCGUGUUUAGUUGACUAAUGCAGUGUCCAGUUGAGCUGACCGGUGGUUAUGGCUAGUUUCUUUGACAAUAAGAGUUCACAUUUUAUUCAUCCUACAUAUAAAUGUAUAAAAUUGGUUCUACGCUCUGAUCCCCGUCUGUUUCCGUAAAUAUACUUUUGAAUUAUUUUGUUUGUACUUAAAGACGUUAAAAUUUUAAUAUUGAUUUUUUUUUGUUUUGUUGGGUAUUUUGAACCUAGCGCUAAGAACUAAGAAUCUUUCACAACUUAAAACCUCUUGUAGAAUUUUUAUAAUCAAUGGAUGAUAAUUUUUCUUUUUGUAUUAUCAUUUUCACCUAAUUGUGAGCGGAGUGUCAACGUUUUGUCUUAGUUUUAUCAUUGGCCACAACAGUAAUUUUAAUUUGAAGAUUCAACAAUUCUUUUUUAUACAAAAUAUUUCUAAAACUUGAAUUAUAUGUUAAAGGUGUAAAGAAAAAAUUUCAAAACAACAGAUUAUUUAUGAGCGUCCUCUAUUGGUACGCGUGUGUACUGAAACGGACGAGAUUUUCACUAAAUAAAUAAUUUACCUUCUACUCAUGCUGUAACCAAGAUCAAACAAUCUUAUCUGUGAGAAUAAAGCCCACUAGUGUGGUGACUUUUCAGUUACUUGGCUAAUUUAUAAACAUUUCCAUGAUGAAGCGUAAAAAGUACAUUCCAAAUUUAGCCACAAAGUUCUAAAUUUAACCUGCCCAUGUUUAUUAUAGCCGAAAGUUACUUGGAUCUGUUGUUUGUCCAGUUUAAUAUUUGCUUCUUCUCUAAGCCUUCUUGACAAUGGAGCCGCUUAUUAUAUUCUGUAACUUUUCGGGCAUUCCACCAAUAAAAUCAAAAUUCAUCACUUUCCGAUACAGUAAUUAUACAAAAUAUUUUCCAUUUGAGAUUUUGCGCAUUCUGAAAAUAUUGUAUGAUUUUACACAUUUAUGGCUGUGAAGUACUACUGCAGAAGCUAUACAAAAAACAAAAGUAUGAAUUGACACCCUUCAUCAGAAGAAAAAUCACACCCACAGUAACUUCAUUCAAUAUUUAACAGUGUUUUUGAGGCAUACUUCACAGAACUGUAAGCUAAGUUGUAAAUAUGUACUUUCUGAAGAGACACUGUUUUCCAAAAGAACUAGUAUAAUUUUAUACUAACCACAAAACAACAUAUGAAUGUAACGAUUUUUUGAAAUCUUCACACCACUUAAGUCACUUCAGUUUUGACUAUGUAAUUCACGCUGUUCAUACAUAGUAGAAGGGUGAACUUUUAUUUGUUGUACAUUUACCACUUUAAACGUUUGAAUAAGUGCGUUAAGGAUCAUAUCAGUUCUUUAAUGAGUAUCUCAUUACUGGAUUUUAGUGUGUAUUUGUGUUUACUUCGUCUGUCAAGGAUUAAUAAACAUGAUAGAUAGUUCAAAGUUUUCUCACUAAAUUAUUAAGCACUAAUUUAUUAAAACGCAAAUACUUUUACAACA